AUGCAGCUACUGCUGGUACGGCUGAUAUUUUCGUCGUCGGUCGCCUUCGGGGAGUGGGAGCAACUCACGAUCGAUGAUACGCCGAAGAAGAACAAGUUGAUAGCGCAGAGAGUGAGAGAGGGCAGUGUUGUAGGCGGGAGCGGAGGCACGAAGUUUUCUGUGCGUGAAGAAGGGCGUGACUGCAUGUAUUACGGUCGAGGAAGUGCCUGGGGGCUGGAGUCAAUUUUGCUUCUGCAAGGUGCCACCGCUAGCUCGACGCUGGUGGGCUUUGAGUCGAAGUUGGAGCUUGCAACGUUUCGCUGCCACUCAUUUAGAAAGCGCCUCCGACUUCCGUCGAUGCCUCCCCCGACCCCCCCCCCCCAGAACAAGCGCCCUAGGCAAUGUCACACAAGGGCAAACGUGCAUCGAUGUAGCGCAGCCAGCCAGGCACUCAUCGUUGCGUCAUCUGCCUCUGCUGAUCAGACGAUGACGAAGACCACUGCGGCGAAUCAACGCUUGAUGCUCGCUGCUUUGGUGUCGGAGCAAGGUGCUGCUGCUGACAUCACGGCCAUUGUGCCAGCUCAGCUCGACAAGUCUCCAAAGAGGAAGACCAGUUUGUCUAAACGACGUAUAUCGCAAGUGCCUACAUCGGAGGCGAAUGGUGAAGAACGCGAGGCGUCCGCUGUUACGUUGGUCGUGGCGACUGCGCCCACCCAGAAGGCCAAGACCAAGCAACGCCCAACAAGUGCGGGACAAUCGGCCGCCCUCGCGAUUCAAACGACCACGUCAACAAGUGUGGCUGCUGCUGCAGCGACGGAGAACGGCGUGGCUGCAUCGCUUGCUCCCGCGGACCAAACGGCCAAUGGCCCAAAAGACCAAAUCCAAGCGACGAACAACACGUGA